UGUUGUGUUUACAUUUAGUAAAUUAUCAUACUUCAGUCAUAUCUUUUUUUUCUCGUUAAUUUGAUCAAUAAUUACAUUAUUUGUACAUUUAGUUCACUGGAGGUUACUUCUGCUGUAGUAUUAAUUUAAUCGGACCUUAUUUCCUUCACAAUACACCAAUAACAGGGCUAUUUUUUAUCUUUAUUAACAUGUGUUAUCUACCUCCGAAUAAAAUAGAUCCGGUUUAACUGUUCAAUUGUAUUGAUAACGCAUAAAAAAACAGUAGUCGAAGUUAUAAUUACGGGUAUUAAACAUGUCACUCGGGUCGCUUAUCAAUUUUAUGAACCCGUUCAGAGUUUUUCAGCAAUAUGUGAGUUUGCCUGUGGAAGUAUUUGUGUCUAGACAAUAUUCAGGUUAUAAAAAGAAAACGGAAGAAGGUUUGACCAGUGUUAAGGAACUUCUGUUCAGGGCGGGAGUGGUUACAGUAUUUUUAGCUGCAAUAAUAUGGGUCUCAAUAUUCAUGUACGUCGUAUUUUAUUACACGUACAUGCCGAAUGUUACACACGUGAGACCGGUUCAUUUACAAUUUAAAUCAUGCGACGAAUCAAUGGGGGUGUGUUCAUUCCCUUCAGCUCACGUGCAGUUGACGCGACGCAGCCAAAUGCUAAUGUCUGGCCAGUCUUACCGCAUCAAGUUGGUGCUCGACAUGCCUGAGUCACAGACUAAUAAAGAUUUAGGAAUGUUCAUGGUGUGUGCUCAGAUGCGUGCCAAAGGAGGUGUUCUAGUGUCGUCCUCGUGCAGGGCGGCCAUGCUUAGACAUCGAUCUAUAGUGCAUUACAUAAUGCGGACCCUCACGCUGGCCCCGAUUUUCAUAACUGGACUCGAUGAGGAGAAACAGCAACUGCAAGUGGAGUUGUUCAGCGACUUCGAGGACGACGAGAACAUACCAAUAACGGACGCAUACGUGGAGGUUCAGAGUCGAUACGCCCAGGUGUAUGGCUGCGAGUUGCACGUGGAGGCACACUUCGCCGGAUUGCGCUAUUACAUGUUCCACUGGCCCAAAGUCUCCGCUGUUAUCGGUAUCAGCUCCAACCUAUUUUUUGUAUCCUUGGUGUUCAUAUUGAGUUGGUAUCACUUACAAGACGGAUUGCCCGAGUUUAUAAAGAAUAAAUUUGGAGGUGAAACAAAGACUGAGCAAGACGACGAUGAGAAGCGAGGCGGAAAAAUUAAAUUAGAAAAAGAAGAUUCCUCCCCGUUCUUCGAAGGAGACAUUCUUCUAGAAGAAUUGCAGAGGAUUGAGGAGCCAAAAAAGAAGAGUUAAAGAGACUGCUUAUUAUAUAUAGAUGUAUAUAAUUAAAACCAGUGGCGUAAUUGUACCAUCUAAUAAAAAGAAUUUGUCGAAUGAGUAAUGAGAGGAGUGGUCACUCAUCUUUAUCUAAAAAAGUUUUGAUUUAUUGCUUCUUACAAUUUACAGAAAACAACAAAUUCAAACUUUUUUAUACAUAAUAUUUUUUUAGUAAAUCCAUAUAUAAAAUACGUAGUAACCGGUAGCUAAGAUAUAUGAGAAAAACUGUAAUUAACGUAAUAGAACCCAAAAUAACAGUUGGUAGAAUUUUUGCUUGUGUGGAUGCAAUUUUUAAUAGGUAUCAAUAAUUGAAUGUUUGUUUUAUUCGCUUUGCCGCUCGAACGGAGUUGUGAACUCAGCUAGUUAGUAAUAAGGGAUAAUAAUUGCCAGCUGUAUGUUUUAAAUGCAUCGCGUACAAACUACGGCGUGGAAUUAAAUGCAGUUUUCAUCGAUGUAUUGCUAGAGGUCUAUAUUUUUAUUUUUUAUUGAGGGGUUUGUACUAUUGUCAGGUGCUUAGACCUGUAGCAUUGCGACCUAUAUAGAUCUAUUGUACUCGUCCCUUUUUCAGAGUUCGCUACUUAGACCCGUCAGGGAUAAGAAUUGAAGGAUAUUCUUAGGAGCGAUGGCUUUUAUCUCCUCAGGAUAGAGUGUAUACUUUCCAAAGGAGAUAUUUCGUUUAUGCAUGAUGGGCUACAACCACAUAAGAUGUGUAGUAGCUUUUCCUCUUCAGUUUGGCAAAAUCUGCAGAUUGCAGACGCCAGAGGGUUUAACAUAUGCUCUAUUUAAUUGCAAAAAAAUCUUUUACUGCGUGCGGGGUAAGGGCGGGUCACUAGUUAUAAUAAAUGUUAGAUUCUUCCUAUGCUUGCGACCUGCUGAACCGGGGUCCUUCAGCCCAGGAACACCUGGUAUAUUGCCUACUUUAGCACCAUAUUCUUGCGUCAAUUAAGUCUCACCAAAGCUAAUUGGGUAUUUAAAAAUGCGUUUUAGGAAAAUUUAUUCA